CUUUUUUUCUUAUAUAAAUUAGAGAAUGUAAAUAAUUUGCAAUCUCUAAUUUAAAUUGUGAAUUGGAGAUCUUUUGUAUAAAUAUUUGAAAUAAAAAUAUAAAUAAUAUUGUUGUUGUUGUUGUAGGAAGUUGAAAUACAAACAAUCAAUUUAUAUAUUUUAAAUUAUACCUUGUUAAUUUAAAGGAAAUUAUGAAGGAAAAAUUUUACAGAAUUUCAUAUAAAUUAACAUAUAAUGAUAACAUUUUGCAAAUUUGAAAAUUUAAAACAUUUUGUAAAUUAUUGCGUUAUAUUAAAACAACAAAUUACAAAUUAUUUCAUAAUAAUUUAAAACCUUGAAAUGAAUAUUCUUUAUUUUGUAUGACAGUAUUCCACUGUGCAAAAAAGCGGGCUUAGUGCGACCCUGUCUUAAGGCGUGGUUUAAAGAAAAAUCUGUCAAGUCUAUUUGUCACUAUUUAGUCAAUUGUGUUUAUAGUCUAUUUGUUGUGAUUUUGUCAAAAAUAUUUUAAUUUCAGCAUCAUCCUAAAGAAAUCCUACACCACAUAUAGCGAAAAUGGAAACAUGGAAGCUUUUAAUUAUUACCGUUGUAGCCAUUUAUUAUAUUGGACAAGUAAACUUCGUCAACGGUUUGGAGUGUUAUGUUUGUUCCAAUCAGACAGGUAACACAGAGAAAUGUUUGAAUACGAUAAAAACAUGUGAACCAGGUGAGGAUGCUUGCGGUACUGAGAUCCGUUGGGGCAGCCAACCGUACUUCUCUCAAGGUGCACUAAAACAAUACUAUGUUUCCAAACGGUGUAUGACAAAGCAACAAUGUCAACAGCGACGUAAACGCUAUAUGCAAUACUGCACACAUAUUUGGUAUGAGGACUGGUGGUGCUAUGAGUGCUGUGUUGGUGAUCGUUGUAAUUAUUUUGUGAUUAGUGCGUCAACAAAACAAAAAAUAACUGCCACCACUUUAAUCAGCGGCUUAUUCUUAAUUUCGCUCUACAGCGUGUAUUCAUUGUUGCAUUGAAGAAUCUGUUGAAGAUAUACUAAGAACAUCGAAGUGCCUCGAAGUUUUUACUUCUGCAAAGUAAAAAUUCGUAAUAAACGCAAGAUAAAUAAGCAUACACCACCUUUAGGAGAAAGUACAUAGAAUACUUUUAUUUAAUUAAAUUCAUACGAAAAAUCUCAGCAUUAUUGUGUUCGAAUAUUAUCCGUCCAACUUUUACACUAAGCUAAAUGUUACAAUUUGUUAUAUUACGAUAUUGCUUUGGAAAGGCAACAACAUAAACUCUUUUAUAAUUUUUACUUUAUUAACAUUGUAAUGUAUUCAUAUUUAGUUUGUUAGCUGCAUAGUUAAAGCCACAAGCGUAUGCAGUAUUUAUUCCAGAAAAAUUUUAAAAUAUUUAUACAUAAGUAUAAGGCAACAUACAAAAUUAUGCUCAAAUUUGAGCCUGCACAAUUUUUUACACAUCAAUAAACUCUUGUAAAGUUA